GUUUUCCGCUCGCCCGUUGUAGUUUUCCGCCUCCCGAGCUGUACGUAUGUACUCAUAAAAGCUCAGAGCAUUCAAGAAUAACUACGCUAAAUUCCAUAAAAGGAGCAUGUCCACCGGAGACGGGACCGAUAGAAAAGUGACGUUUAGAGGCAUUGACUUUGAAAGCCUGGAUGUACGUCAAUUCCUGGACAACGUUCAAACGUUGAUUGUUGACGACGUUUUGGUGAGAAGCACUCGCAGGGAAAACAAGGUGAUCAACUUCCGGGAUCCGGUGGAACUCCAGGAACUAUUAGAUCUUACAAUAUCGCCGGAUGGUGCUAAACAUGACACACUUGUCGAAGCCUGCAAGAACGUCAUUGAGUAUUCCGCAAAAACGGGCCACCCGCGGUUUUUCAACCAACUGUACAGUGGUCUUAACGCGUACGGCCUGGCCGGAUCGUGGCUCGCAGACUCACUCAAUACAAACGGCUACACAUUCGAGGCAUCGCCUGUCUUCGUCAUUAUGGAGCUGUCCCUGCUGCAGAAGAUAUGCGGGAUACUUGGCUAUGAGAAUGGGGACGGGGUAUUCUGUCCUGGUGGCUCCUUCUCCAACAUUAUGGCGAUGCACUUGGCGCGCUACAAGGUGGCACCGGAAGUGAAGACUGCGGGAAUGUACGGCAUGAAGAAGAUGAGAUUUUAUACUUCUGAUGAGGCCCAUUACUCGCUGGUGAAGGGAGCCAUGUUUCUCGGUAUGGGCUUGGACAGCGUUGUCAGGGUAACUACUGACGAGCGCGGGAAAAUGAAACCGGAAGUGCUAGAGGCGAGAAUCCAAGAGGAUUUAAAGAUGGGUCACCUACCAGCCAUGGUGAUGGCGACUGCGGGUACCACGGUGCUGGGAGCCUACGACUUGCUAGAGGCGCUGGCUGACGUGUGCGACAGAUACGGCGUCUGGCUGCAUUGCGAUGCGUGCUGGGGAGGUGGCGCCCUUCUGUCGAACAAACACAGACAUCUCAUGGCGGCCGUUCACAGGACGCAUUCACUCGCCUGGAAUUUUCACAAGAUGUCGGGAGCGCCCUUACAGAGUGCUGCCUUUCUUGUGAACGAAAAAGGUCUGAUGGAGGAAUGCAAUCAGUUUAAAGCGGAGUACUUGUUUCAACCCGAUAAAUUUUACGACACAUCUUACGAUAUCGGAGACAAAACGGUCCAGUGCGGACGGAAGGUGGACUCGCUCAAGCUAUGGUUGCUAUGGAAAGCAGUCGGUGACGCCGGCAUGGCAGCCGUGGUGGACAACUGCUUUGAGAACGCGCAGUAUCUAGCCGAGAAGAUGAAACAGACAGACGGGUUCCGCUUGGUUAUUCCAGAAUUCGAGUGUGCUAAUGUCUGUUUCUGGUACAUACCGGAGUCCUUGCGAGGCCAAGAGGAAACCCCGGAGUGGUGGCAGAAAAUAUCCAAGGUCGGCCCCGCAAUUAAGGAACGCAUGGUGCGCGAGGGAAGCAUGAUGAUGGGUUUCACACCACUGACAUGCAAAGGGCACGUCAACUUCUUCCGUAUGAUUCUGGCUAAUGCAAAGAGCGACCGGACGGACAUGGACUUUGUUGUCUCUGAAAUCGACCGGCUUGGAAAAGAUCUCUGAAGCUUUUAUGUAAAGCGCAUCAGAAUAGUCGUUUCAAAGUGAUUCUUGCUUGUAAAGCUUGCCGAUAUUACUCUGAUACGUAUGCACUCUAUCCGCGUAAAUAGCAUGCUUAAAGUGUCUUCUAUAGUUUUAAUAGGUUUAGUUUGUGUACGUUGUGACCGAGUUUCAUGACACGAUAUAAUUAUAAAGUGGCAUUUUCUUUUAUAUAUGAAACUCGAUUCCAGCACGGAAACUAAUACUGUAAUACUAAUACUAAUACUUAUAAAUUCAUCGUUACGGUACUAUCAUCAUUGAACAAAGAUCCGUGUUGAUAUUUUGGAACUAUACUUCAGUAAACAGGACAUGCUGUUAUGUUUAUUAGAAGUUGUUUGUGCAUUAUGAAGGUAACGAACUGAUAUAUGUAAACUUGUUUAUUAUAAAGUGUAGUUUUUAGGAUCUGUGAUUGUCUGUUUUUUCUUUUCAUAUUUAAUAUUAGGAAUGUCGUAUCAAUGCUUAACAAUAUAGCAAAAAUCCGGUAUGUGUAGCAAAACUGUGGUAUUAUAUUGUUGCAAAAUCGUAUUACUUCCUUCCUUAAUAAUCAUGCUAGUUGAUACUGAGAAAAAUCUAUUUUAUUCAGCGACAAGGACUGGCCAUUAAGUGUCAGAUUGACAAGUUCCAAAUAAAGAAUUGAUAAUCGCUUUUUGUGUAUAUUUCCAACUCAUUUUAUAUCAUACAACGACACGAAAUUAGCAUGGACACAUAUAUCAUACAUACAAAUAAAGCAACGAUGUCAAUAAUAGUCACGGCUGUAGUGUUUAUCACACUAAAUUAUCACAGGUGCGCAGUAUACGGGAAGUGACGUCAUCCGUUCAGUAUCAUGGCUAACCGAAGCAUAGAGAAUGACGUCACUUCCUUGGUUUCACGAUGAAUGGUAGAUGCUUCGACAACGCUGUACUACAGUCAAACGAACACUUGUAUGGAGUCAUUCCCUGAUCUUAACUGUUUCAUGAUAAGGAAUGUGUAUAUCUAAGCUAAAAACAAACAUAAGAAUAAUCACGUGAAAUCACUUGCUCACAUGUCAUCACUUACACGCUAUACACAAACAUUGCGGAGCGGACUUAAAUAUUCUUCACAGGCA